GCCAAUCUCCACAUGCGCACUGAACUCCGCGCAAACCGUUUUGCCGGAAAAGCGCCGACUAAAAAAACUUUCUACCCACGCGCUACCCCUCACAAAGCACAACGCUACAUCCACAAAAUGCUGUUACAGAAUGAGUUUCUAGAAGAAACCCACGAUAUCCACCACAUAUUCCACACUCCAGCCACCAGAGAUAUACACAGCCGCCUCCAGAUGAGUCCGUUCGUCGAGUCACCAAUCAGUCACAAAAUGUACAACAACUUUGAAAUGGUUCGAAACGCCAAAGCGCAUUCUGGCGAUUCCCUUAUGCAGUCAUCCGCCGAUGACAACACGCUCCGAUACACCCAGUUAGCUAACGUAAGCGCCGAGCCAUUUGUGUCUGAAAAGCCUGCGAUGGAGACAGAGCCAGAGGUGUCGCCGUUCGAUGUUCUCACAGCCAUGUUGGACCAGGUUGCCGGUAAGGACAAGUUGGCCAAAACCUUGCAAUAUGGGCUCCGGAUCCUCGUGCUUUACUCCACGUCAAUCACCACAUCGCUUUCGCAACAGAUGAACUUCAAACCGGAGUUGUACCGCGGCAGCAAGCAGAGUUUAAUAAUGAAUUUCAUCAAGAACCCCGCCAAGUUCUUCAAGGUGCUUGUGGUGUUGCUCACCCACCACUUCAACCGGCGCUCGGUCGGCGUCCUUGACGCCAUCUCCAUCUUCCGACAGUGCAUGCGCUUCGGAAAAAGUCCGCUCCGCGUACAGAAAAUCUUGCAAACCACGGUGUUGUCACCUGCGGCGUGUAAGUCGCCCCAAUCGUUCCAGCGGGCUGUAUUGAACGAGGGGAUGCUUUCACAGGUGCUUGACCUCUACUACGGGCUCAUGGAUGAGUCUAUCUUGCUUGCUAAGAUGGGCGUCUUGACCAACGAGUCCUACAAGCAGUUUGCCAACCGCCACAGCGCGCUCGCGUGGUACUACAACAUCAUGUUCGGCUUGCAGAAGAGCAUAGCGUCGCUUGCUACGUUGCGACAGCAGGAGUUCCAGCUCAAGAUCCAGCAGCAGGUCAAAGUCAAGGCCACCCAGUUGUCGAAACAGUUGAUGGAGAGCAUCUCCAUGGAGGUUUCCUCACCCAUGCGCAGCCGCUUGAACUUUCUGGUCAAUGACGGGUCUGAAAGCGCCACUGACUAUACCAAGGAGAUUGCCAACGUCAAAUUACAGCAGAAGUUGGUCUACGUAGACAUGUGCCGUUUAGCCUGCGACUUUACCUUUGAUUCCAUCGAUGUGUUCCAUUUGAAGGCGCCCGCCACGUUGUAUUUACUCUCCGGGUUCGGGUCCGGGCUCUUCGGGUCCUACAAGGUGUGGAAGACCACGCGCAGCGACAUGGUCACAAGGAUUAAGGCCAGAAGCCAAGCAUAAGCAACCCCAUAAGGCCAAGGAGGCAGCCUCGCGACGGGCCGAGAGUCAGGACGCAGCACAAGCUUGAACGAAGCUAAUCGUACGGCCCUCUUACCGUAAUUGACGUUGACUGAAGUCAGACACCACCCUCGGAUGGGGUAUUACUAAGUCUAAGACAUCGUUUGGUGUUGAUUUUGGUUAUCCGAAGCCUUUCGAGAUGAUGGCAUCUCUGUGCAGGAAUAUGGCCUUAAAAUUGUAUGGUAUACAAUGCUGGUUAAAGCUGUAGAUUUCAAUAACCUCAAAUCGCUGUAAGGCGCGCUGAUGAUCUGUUCGCGUGCAGAGUUUAUUCUCUGGUUACUAACGGCAGGGGUCAGGAGUUCUACAGGAUAUAAGUCAAGUGUGUACGUUAGAGGCAGCUAAAUCGAUUGUGCGAAAAUCCCAGCGCUGUUUUAGGGGGACUAGCUUAGUCCCCAUGCACCUGAGAUGUAUUCUCGUUGCAGCAGCACCC